AUGCACAUCCAAACCCUCCUCCCCUUCCUCACCAUCCUCACAACAACACUCGCCAAACCAGCCCAUCUCUACGCAACACACUACGACGGAACCGUCUACACCCUCACUCUAAACACCGACAACAAUGAGCUCGCCAUCACUCAGACUCUCGAUACCUGCGGCGACAUGCCAAGCUGGUUAACCCUCGACCCGAGAACGCGGACAGUCUACUGCUCCGAUGAAACGGGCACGGCGGAUCCGUCAACUCAUGGCUCAUUGACUUCCCUGCAUGUCGCGCCGGAUGGAUCGCUACAUGAGAUGGCAGUUACGGAGGCGGUUGGUGGUGGUGUGAAUAGUGUGAUCUAUGAGGCGGACAAUGGGGGGAAGUUUAUUGCGAUUGCGCAUUACGGCGGCUCCGCACUAUCAACCUUCGCACUACCCAUUGAAGCAAAUCGACCAGCUUUACAAGAAUUCCACUUCAAUCUAACACACCCAGGCAAAGUAGCGCAACAAGACGCCUCGCACCCGCACCAGGUCUUCCUCGAUCCAACCGGUUCAUUCAUCCUCAGUCCAGAUCUAGGUGCUGAUCUGCUACGCGUGUAUGCGAUUGAAGAUGGUCCAUCGGGCAAACUGUCAGCCUGUCCGAGUUUGAACGUGACAUUCGGCAGUGGGCCGCGACAUGGCGUUUUCUGGACUGACGGUACGGAUGGAUCUGCCGUUAGUGGAGUUACGCAUUCGCGCAAGAUGGCGGCUGUCGGGCAGACGAUGCUGUAUCUUGUUAAUGAGAUUGGUGGCACGAUGAUGGUGUAUGAUGUUUCGUAUUCGCGGUCGGGAUGUUUGUCGUUUGAGAAGACGCAGACGGUUGUGCCGUAUCCCGGUGGUGUUAUGCCUGAGGGGGCGACGCCGGCGGAGAUUCGUCACGUUGGAGAUGUGCUUUAUGUUUCUAUUCGGACUGAUCAGGGUUUUGCGCCGAGUGAUUCGAUGGUUGUGUUGGAUCGGGAUGCAGAGGAUGGGUCGGUUACGGUGCGGGACUCGGUGUCUGCGUUGGGGAAGGUGCCGAGGACGUUUGUGAUUAAUAAAGCUGGGAAUUUGGUUGCGAUUGGGAAUCAGGCUUCGGCGAAUGUUGCUGUUGUGAGGAGGGAUCCGGAGACUGGGGACUUGGGGGAGGAGGUCGCUGUUCUACAGGUUGGAGAGCCUGGGGAGGUUGGGACUUCGACGGGACUUAGCAGUGUCAUCUGGGAUGAGUAG